GUAUUGUUUGUAUAGGUUACCGAGUAGACUAAUUUGCCGGCCGGCAUCGAACAUCGCGUCAUCUAGAAACCGAGUGUGGUUUCGCCCCCCAUUCAGUCAGUCUGCUCUCGACGGACGACGCGAUCGCACACUCCACUAGGUACCACAAAUAAAUCAACAAUGCCGAAAGUUGUGUUCUACUAUUUCCCCGUGAAGGCCCUCGGCGAGGCCUCUCGUCUUCUGCUGUCGUACGGUGGCCAGGAGUUUGAAGACCAUCGCGUGUCUCAAGAUGACUGGCAAUCCUUCAAGCCCAAGACCCCAUUCGGGCAGAUGCCAGUGUUGGUGAUCGACGGAAAACAGUACGCCCAGAGUUACGCCAUCGCGCGGUACUUGGGCCGCAAGUACGGGCUGGUCGGAGAAACCCUCGAGGAUGCACUGGAGAUCGACCAGAAUGUCGACCUCAUUGAUGACCUUCGUGCCAAGGCUGCCCUAGUCGACUAUGAACCCGAUGAGGCGGUGAAAGAAAAGAAAUACGCUGAGUACGUUAAGACCAUAUUCCCAGACCUUUUGGGAAAGCUUAACGCUAUAAUUGUUAAGAACAACGGACACGUAGCACUCGGAAAGUUGACAUGGGGAGACUUCGUGUUCGCUGGUAUGCUGGACUACCUGAAGAAGAUGCUGAGGAUGCCCGACCUUGAGAAGCAGUACCCUGCCUUCAAGCAGGUCGUUGACAACGUGUACUCCAUUCCCAAGGUCAAGGCGUACGCUGAUGCUGCUCCUGAAACGCCUUUCUAAUUUCCUCUAGGAUCUGAUAAAAUAAGCUUGUUAUGUUUAAAGAAGAUUGAAUAUGUACAUCCUACUCGUGUAACUUUAGAUCUUAAGAAUGUGUAAGAGUUGAAUAAAUGUUUAUUUUCAA